AUCGCCAAAUUUUACUAGUUUUUUCAAAUUUUUCUACAUUAAUCACUUCUGAUUUCUACUGUUUUCAAAAUUUACCACCACAUUUUUACUUUUUGCAUCUAUACAUCUUCAAUCCAUCGUGAAUUCGCAAAAAUGGCAUCAAAUAGCAUGAAAACCACAGCAAUCCGUACCCUUCGUGCCAAGUUAUCAUCAACAACCAAACCUACAUUCUCACCCAUUCUCGCAAAUCGUGGUAUCACCGGCACGACCAGAAAAUCAACCUCUUUUGAAUCAACCACUUCUAGUCAACAACCAAGUACCCCUUUCUUACCACGAGGUAUUUUUGCUAUUUAUUCAGUGAUAAUGUGAAAUCUGAACUGAAAGCUAACCGACCUCCUAUUUAGAUUUCGUAGGCAAUUUUCCCGUCUCAUUCUUCAAACCAACAGCCUCAACAACCACAUCCUCCUUCGAUACACUAGUCAGCUCCCUCACGCAUUCUCUCACCACAACCUCCUCUCCCCAUCUUCCAACUCUCACCUCCUUACUCCACAACUACAAUACCUCAUCAGAUAUCACAGGCUGGCAAAAAUACGCGCAUGCAAAUCCAAAUAAACAAUAUACAAGAAAUUUAGUAGCAGAAGUAGAGGGUAUAUUUAAUUUGUUGAUGUUGGUUUGGACACCUGGAAAAGAAAGUAAAGUUCAUGAUCAUGCUGCGAGUCAUUGUUUGAUGAAGAUUAUGAAGGGAAGUUUGAAGGAGACAAGGUGGGUUACUCCUGUUGAUGGGGUUAGGAGGGAUGGUGAGGAAAUGGAGGUUGAAGGGGUGAGGGAAUAUAGGAGUGGAAAGGUGGCGUAUAUGUGUGAUGAUGUAUGUUUCUCCCUCCCCUGUCCUUGGUUUUGUCUUAUACAUUUGUCGUUUGAUUGGGAAGACGAAGGGGAAUCACAUGACUGAUUGGGUAUUAUAGUUAGGUCUUCACUCUAUCGCCAACCCAAGCGCGACAGAAUAUGCUGUCUCUCUGCAUUGUAAGUUCUUCUAUUACUAUCAACCUCCACUUCACCACAGCCUACCUCUCCCCACCUCUCCCUAUAUCACAUCCGUUCUCCACAAUCUCUACCCCUCAUGACUAAUAAGGAAAUAGUAUACACACCUCCAAACGCCGCAAUGCACGGCUGCCACAUUUUCGAUCCAUCAACAGGUGUCAAAACUCAUGUUAGACCUGGCGCUUAUGAUUCUGUUAAAGGAGCUAUUGAUCCUCUUGCUUAGAUGCACAUUAGAGGUUUGAAGAUUGUGGAGGAUAGAUGUACAGAGAUGAGAGAUACCCUUUAUGAUUUACCUUGGUUAUUUUGUUUUAUUUUUCCAUUUCGGGAUGCGGGUUCGGGGUUUCUUGAUCAAUUACCUAGGUAGCGAGCGUAGGGCGCGGAUGAAAAUCCUUAAGCGGAUAUUCAUUGUGAUAUAAUCACUAGUUAGUGGCUAUACACACAGCGUUGGAGUUUACUUUACUGGAGUUUAGUUCCUAC